UCUCUCUCUCUCUCUCUCUCUCUCUCUCUCUCUCUCUCUCUCUCUCUCUCACAUGUACGGCACCUUUUCUUCCUCGUGCCCCCACCUUGUCCUCCAGCACGUUCUCUUGGGUCGGUCGUCGUCGUCGUCGCCGUAGCAGCGGCGCAACGAGCAUCGCAAGGAAAGUGUGUCAGUAGGAUAACGACGAAAGCACAGACCACAACUUGGACAUCCUUUCCUCGAUGUCCUCCUCCUCCUCCUCCUCCUCCUUCACCUCUUCCUUCUUUAUCCUUUACGAAGUGACACUUUUGCUCGACUUUUUAUUUCUUUUAACCGUCGCGCGUUGUGCCAUUUAAACGGCAAAGUACGUCCGAAGGAAUUGGAACACGUUGGUGGCAAACUACUAUUUGCUACUACUACUACCACCACCACCACUAUUACUAUUUAGUUACUGUAAACUAAACUCGAAAGGAACGAGAAAGAAUUUGUUACGACACUACCUAGAAUCGAAUUUCAAUUCGCCAUUUAUUUCUUCCCCCCCCCUUCUCCCCACUGCUCGUUCAUUUACUCUUCUCUUCUCGUCGCGUGUGUGACUCUCCUCUCCGUGUAGUUUCUUUUUCUUUUCUUCUUUUCUUAUAUUAACAUUUUUGCCAUUUCAUCGUGAGGAAGAAAAAUAAGUAGAAGAAAGAGUUAAGAAGAUUCGCUACGUCGAUGUCACGGCGAAAAAAGAACGAGUUUCUUCGCGAGAAAGAGAGAGACAACAACCUUGUUGCGUCAUGAUCGUAAUCGACGAGAGGUGUGACGUUAGUAAGAAAUUAUAAUAAUAAGAAUAAUAUAACAUUAAACGUAUACGAAGAUAUAUUAAAGAAAAAGAACAAGGAAAUAAGGAUAUUAUAUAGAAGAGAACGGAUAACUUUACUUUCUUAUUUCCUAUUUUAUUUGUAUUAUUUUCUUCAUAAUCAUCUUAAUGAAAGAAAAGAAGAGAAAAAAUCACGUGGCAUUAAUUUUUUUCAAUUUACCUCCAAGGAUUUAAUCAUUCCACAUAAUAUAUACAUAUAUUCGCUAAAGAGGAGAACAAAUUUAAAAGAAAAAUAAGAAGAAUGAUUCGAUUAAUCAGCUAAUUCGCGUUAUACCGAGCAAAGUAGUAGUUAUUCGAUUAUUAUCGCGCGCUCCCUGACGUAUCCGAGAGAUUAAAAAGCUUCGAAUGAUCGAAUAAAAUAAAAGGAAAGAAGAAAAACAGAUUUCGAGAAAAUAAGAGAGAUAAGAGUUAAGAGAAGAAAAGAAAAACAAGAGGGAGAAAAAAAAGUGGAACGAUUAUAAGAAAAAGAAAAAAAGGAAAGCACUUAAGAUUAGUGAAGUAUGUUAAAGAGAAGAGGAGCGUCUAACAAAAUGAAAAAUCCCGAACACGAGAGUGGUUAUUUCGAAGAUGGAAGUGACGGGAGCGACGUCGAGGUUAACGUCGAAGAAACGAUCGUAGACGAAGACAGGAAAUGCGGUUCUGCUUCUUGUUACGGCCUUACCAAGGCCAUCCACGGCCUCGACGUCAGAGACUCUCAGGAACACCUUGCCAAUGGCUACGAACACCACCGAUCGAAUCGAGUGAAUCUCGAGGAUAGUGGUGGUCAAAGGGUGGAUAUGGCUCAUUUUGAUUUAUUGAAGGUGCUAGGUACAGGAGCUUACGGAAAAGUAUUUCUGGUACGGAAAAGAGUGGGAACCGAUGCUGGUCGGCUUUAUGCUAUGAAGGUCCUGAAAAAAGCAUCAAUCGUGCAAAAGAAAAAGACUACCGAACAUACGAAGACCGAGAGACAAGUUCUCGAAGCUGUUAGAGACAGUCCUUUUUUAGUAACGCUCCAUUAUGCUUUCCAAACUGAUGCCAAAUUGCACUUAAUUUUAGAUUAUGUUAGUGGAGGUGAAUUGUUUACUCAUUUAUAUCAAAGAGAACAUUUUACCGAAGACGAAGUAAGGAUUUAUAUUGGCGAAGUGAUUUUAGCUUUGGAGCAUUUGCACAAGUUGGGUAUCAUAUACAGAGACAUUAAACUAGAAAACAUACUCCUGGAUAGGGAAGGACACAUAGUCCUUACGGAUUUUGGAUUAAGUAAAGAAUUCUUACCGCACGAAAGAGACAGCAACGCUCGAGCAUACUCGUUUUGCGGUACUAUCGAGUACAUGGCACCGGAAGUGGUACGAGGGGGCUCCGCAGGCCACGAUAUUGCUGUGGAUUGGUGGAGCGUGGGCGUGUUAACUUACGAACUUCUCACUGGCGCCUCUCCUUUUACGGUCGAGGGAGAGAAAAAUACCCAGCAGGAGAUCUCGAGAAGAAUAUUAAAGACCGAACCACCUAUACCCAGUCAUCUUAAUCCAACCGUAAGGAACUUUAUCUCGCGUUUGUUGGUAAAGGAUCCACGUCAAAGACUAGGUGGUGGCCCUCGCGACGCCAAGGAAUUGAAGGAACAUCCGUUCUUUAGAAGAGCUCCUCCACCUUUCAGUUGGGAUGCUCUAGAAAAGAAACAAAUCACCCCACCGUUCGUACCGCGUAUCACACACGAACUCGAUACCAGCAACUUUUCUGACGAAUUUACAAAAAUGGUUGCUGCCGACAGUCCAGCCGUUGUACCACCUAAUCACGAUAAAAUUUUUCGGGGCUACUCUUAUGUAGCACCGUCGAUACUCUUCAGCGAGAACGUGGUUAGCAGAGAUAUAUUCUUCGAAGAAACAAAAGAAGCCAGUAGCGACUCUCAAAGAUCUUCAACGUCGGACGUUUUAGCAAUGCGAUUAGAGGGGUCAACGUUCUUUCAGGCGUACGAGCUCGAUCUACGAGAGCCACUAGGCGAUGGAAGUUUUUCGGUAUGUCGUAAAUGUCGGCACAAAAAGACUGCUCAGGAAUUUGCCGUGAAGAUCGUUAGCAGGCGCAUGGAUUCUGGUAGCGAAGCAAGUUUGCUGCGUAGUUGCCAAGGCCAUCCAAACGUGGUCAAGUUGUUUGAGGUACAUCAAGAUAGAGCGCAUACAUAUCUGGUGAUGGAGUUACUCUCGGGAGGUGAAUUGUUGAGCAGACCAAGGCCGUUCACCGAGCAACAAGCAAGUCGUAUUAUGAGGCAAUUGGCAUCCGCGGUACGUUUCAUGCAUUCUCGUGGCGUUGUCCAUCGAGAUCUCAAACCAGAAAAUAUCAUUUUCGUUCACGAAGGCAAGGACUCCCCAGUCAAGAUCGUUGACUUUGGUUUUGCUAGAUUAAAACGUAGUUGCGAGCCUCUCCUAACACCUUGUUUUACGCUUCCUUAUGCAGCGCCAGAGGUAAUUGCUAAACAAGGAUACGAUCAAAGCUGCGAUUUGUGGAGUUUAGGUGCAAUCAUGUGUUGCAUAUUAUCCGAAAGUUUACCUUUUAGAACAAACUCGCCAGAUCUGGCCUCGCGUAUUCAAUCUGGCGAGAUUAAUUUCGACGCUGAUAGUUGGUGUCAUAUAUCACCUUUAGCCAAGCAAGUGGCAAAAGGUUUGUUAAUGGUUGAUCCAAAUAAAAGACUCACCGCUACGGCCCUUGUUAAUCAUCCUUGGCUAUUGGAGUCAACCAGCAGUACAACUGCUAAUCCAAACGUUUCAGAUGCUAAUACUACUACUGUUACUACUAAUACUACUCACACUACUACUUGCUGUCCUCCGACGUCAUCGGCGCAGGAUAAACUCGAAGGUUUUCGUUUGCGCGAAGUGGACGGAGCCAAGUUAGCCCAAAGACGUAAACUACACAAACGUUCGACGUCUAGUUCCGUAUCCUCGUCUGCUUCGACGACUUCUUCGACCCUUUCGGUUCCAGUGCGACCUUCUAGUACGAGCACCAACGUAGCUACUUCUGCUUCGCCAGCUCGACCUAUUGCCUUUGAUUUUGGAGAGGACAAAGUGAACGAAUACUUAAGUUCCUUGUCGUCUUCCUCCGAGUCCAAUUCCCCAAAGAUAAAUAAUGAUCGACAUCAAGAAGGAAAAUCUAAACGACGCAAGCGUGACAUGACAGACGACGACCCGUAUCAGCAGGGAAGUUCGAAAACUAAACGACACAAGAGAAACCAUGAUCUUGACGGUGAAUCCUAUCAAAGUAGUAAUAGUAGUAGUAGUAGUAGAAGUGGACCAGUUACGAGAUCGAGAAAACGAAAAUUAGAACAAAAUGUAUCCAAUUCGGAUAGCUCCAUGGAAUCCUAUGGAUUUUCCUCUGGUACCGACAAAAAAGAGGUCAAUAUUCAUAGAAAACAAAAAGCUGGUAAACGGCCCAAGCGUUUUACUACGAUUACAGUUGAGUAAUGUUUCCUAAAUCUUGUCUAAGCGGUAGUCUUAUUCUCACUUAGUUUCCUAUGCAUUUUACAAUAAAGUAAUAGUGCGCUGCCUUUUGGGAAUUACGUACAAGAUAUUAUAAAUGUUACAUCAUUCCUAAUACGUGAGAGACAGAGAUCUUUUAGACUAUUGUACAUAUAUUUCAUUUAAUGCCAUGUUUUUUAAUAGAAUAACCAGAAAUAAUAUACGUUUCUUGCUAAAGAUUUUGUAUAAAAUGAUUGCGAAGGGAAUAGGGUGAUAUUAUUAUCGUAUUUUUAUGGUCAGGGUCAUGAUCAUUUGUUUCUGUUAGAGAGUAACCGAUAGUUAUCAAAUUCCUAUUGUUUUUAUUUUUUUCCCGUAUAAGUAAUACCUAUUAGCAAAAAAUAGUUUGAAAAAUUAUUCAUCCUACUUUUUUUUCUGGUUACAUAUAUUCUUUUUUUCUUCUCUGUCUUUUGUUUAAUUUAGUUUCGCUUCUCUGUAAUCAGAGAAAAGUCAAAUAUGCAUUAUGGGUUGUUAGGAUAGAUACGUAGUAAAUGUGCCUCAAUAAAAUCCAUUUCCUAUGAAUGCGUCGAGUGAACCGUUGAAUGUGUUGAAAGAUAAUAUUAAAUAUGUUGAUGAGAUCGCUAAGAGUUCAUAACAUUCUAUCAAUGAAAUUAUCUUAUUUUCUAUAUAAACGUUUACUUGUUAAACAGAAGAAGAUAUUAAUUCUUUAUUUAAUAACUCUUUAAGCAUUCAACUUUCACCCUAUAAAAUAAUAAAUAUUAAAAAUGGAUUUAACUCGAAGUUCCCUUGUCAUUGCUGGAACAUUGGGAAGGAAGCGAUUAAUAAAUGAUUUGUAUCUAAGUAUUCUCAAACGAAUCGAAGCACGAUUAUAAUAUAGAUGAUUCAAGAUUAUAUUUGUAUUGCUUACGUACAUGUAUAUCUUUUUGCUACUUUAUUUUCAUCAUCUUAUCUGUAUUUGUUUUCUUCUCAAUUUAGCAUUACUUAAUGAGACAUUUACAAAAUAGAUGAGAGAUUAAUUAUGAAAAGAUAAUGUUGUAUGUUCAAUUGGACAAACGGGAGUGAAUAUAUUUGAUUAUAAAUUAACAUUUUACCAUUAGUCAGAAGUAUACUGUUUAUUAUAAAGAAAUACAGUGUAUUUCUUGUUAAAUAAAAAAAAACAAAGAAAACCGAGCAAAGUACUUGAUUUAGUAAUUUUUUCGUUCGUAGAUUUUGUGAUUUUGCUACAAAAUAUAUUAUACCUAAUUCUUCUUAUUUAUAAAAUAACAAAAAAUAAAUAAUAAUUUUUAUUGUUCGUUUGUACAUAUAGUUACGUUGGAUUACUUUACAUUAUAUUCUUUGCGCAGAGUUUUCCAUAUACACGAGGGUAUUAUUGAAAUUGCCUUUAGAGAUAUCGACUGUUUUACCUGAUGUGCGGUAAUUGCUGUCAAAGAUGCGAGUAAUAAAUGGCAAAGACUGAAAAGGUUGUAUACCAACUCAGGGAACAGACAUGCUAACGAAAAACGUCUUGUGUUAUUGAUUCGAGAUAGUUGCAAUUAAAAUUCUAUGACGUUACUACCAAAGACGACUGAAGCAACAUUGCUCCGUAAGACCAAAAAGAACUGUAUGUAACAUUGAAAUGGAGUUAUGUGUAUAUACACCGAUUACUACCGAAUUGUAUCAUUUCACAAUAUAAUAGAUAUUAAUUAAUUGUAUAAAUAUAAAAAAGAAAAAGAUAAAAAAUUAUAUAUUUACUAUAUAACAUUAUAUAUAUUAGGGAGAAUUAUAUUCUCUUAAAUAAGAAGAAUAUUUCUAUUUAGGAUUGUAAAAGUCAUUAAAUCUUGUAAGUUUAAUCGGUUAUUCAGGAGCAAUGUAACAUAAUAAAUGAUGAUGAUGCGUUACAUUUAUUAUGUUACAAUAACGGAAACAGAUUCUCUUUUUCUAGUGAUAUCUCAUUGUUAAGGUAUAAAGAAAUCUUUCAAGAACAUAUAUAUGUAUGUAUAUACGUAUACACACACAUAUAUUAUAUACAACGUUAUAUACAAAUUCAAGCUUGUAUCAUACGAUAAAGAGUGCUGUUCUGUUGCGACAAGUACAUACAAGAGACACCUACCUUUGUUACUACUGGUUGUUAAAUAUAUCAUGAUACAAUAUUUAUUUAUAUAAUGUA